AUGGAGUCCAGAAGCCAGGAGGUGAUGAAGUCUCUAAUGAGCCGCACAUUGGUCGAUCAAGGCUUUCCUUCAUUGCCAAGGAUCAGCAGAGACUCAGUGACACAGUACCUGCAGUUCAGACCUGAUCAAACUGUGCUUAUCCUCCAUGCCAAAGUUGCUCAGAAGUCUUAUGGAAAUGAAAAGAGAUUUUUUUGUCCUCCUCCUUGUGUGUACCUUUGUGGGGAAGGAUGGAAUCUAAGAAAAAAACAUCUCAAAGGUCUUGGUGAGUCAAACUGUUGUGUGUGUGGAUAUAUGGGUCUGGAUGGCUUCUCUGGGCCACAAGCAGAGAGCUUUAAGCUAAGCUUUGAGGAACAAACAGAAGGAAGGAUGUUUGCCUGUGCUAAGACUCUGUAUAUCUCAGAUACAGAUAAACGAAAACACUUCCGUUUGCUGCUUCAACUGUUCCACACUGGAGGCCAGGAGAUCGGAUCAUUCCAAAGUGGACUUAUUAAAGUCAUCUCCAAACCAUCACAAAAGAGACAGUCGAUGAAAAAUGCAGACUUAUGUAUUUCAUCUGGUUCAAAAGUGUCGUUGUUUAAUCGCCUGCGGUCUCAGACAGUCAGUACACGAUACCUUGCGGUAGAAGGUGGUGCUUUUGUGGCCAGUGCCAAGCAGUGGACAGCCUUCACUGUUAUUCUAGUGGACGAGCAGCAGUCGGGUCACAGUGAUUACUCUGCAUGUGAGAAUUACAUUUGUUAUGGCUGUGUGGUUCAGCUAGUGUGCACUGACUCAGGGGUCACACUGCCACCCAUGGUAAUACGUAAAGUGGAUAAGCAGCAUGCAUGUCUGGAUGUGGAUGAGCCUGUGUCCCAGCUUCAUAAGUGUGCCUUUCAGUUCAGAGAAAGUAAGCACAUGUACCUCUGCCUUUCCAAUGAGAAGAUCUUACAGUACCAGACCCCACCUUGUCCAAAGGACAGCAGUCGAGAACUGCUAAAUGAUGGCUCAUGUUGGACCAUUAUUGGUACAGAGGUUAUGGAAUACACCUUCAGCGAAAGCUUGAUGUGUAGCCCAACUAUCAUCAGCCCCAUCCCUGUCAUUAGUGGACUUGAGCUAAAUGGAGGAGGUCAUGUGGCUAUGUUAGAGCUUAAUGGAGAAAACUUUAGCCCUCAUCUUAAGGUCUGGUUUGGAAACAUAGAAGCUGAAACCAUGUUCAGGAGUCCCAGAUCUUUGCUGUGUGUAGUCCCUGAUAUUUCAGUGUUCAGUCGUGACUGGCAAUGGUUCAGGCAACCCAUCACAGUUCCUCUAUCUCUGAUCCGCCUGGAUGGGAUGAUCUAUCGAAACUCAUUCACUUUCACAUACACCCCAGAGCACAGCACAUUCACUCAACCUGUCUCUGAUGAGAAAACCACCAGUUCAGAUACACUCAUCAACACCAUACACCAAGAGUUUACCCGAACCAACUUCCACCUGUUCAUGCAGAGCUGA